AUGCAGGUUCAGUUUCUCGACAAAAUAGCUGGAUUUGAGAGAUACGACUGUACAGUCCGGACCCUAGACUCCAUCUUUGUGAAGUUCUAUGUCAGGUACGACGCCCACUCAAAAGGUUAUGUCUAUAGCUGUCCCUUUAUUCGUGCAACAGCCUUGUCAAAGUUCCACCUGCUGAACCUUCACUACAAGAUUGGGGUUGCAAAGUGUCUUCUGGGAAAUGAGGAGUGGUGCUAUAAUGCUAUCUCUUUACCCUGGCAAAAUGAAGACGACGAGGAAACCGAUGAAGAUCCUUCGAUAGAGCAAACGCGGUUUGAAAAGAGCGGGGAGGCCUACUGGCGUUCUUUGAGAGACGAGGCAAACCUUAAGCCAAUUCGUACCACUCCUUCCCGGAACCAGCUUCAUUGUUUCCUAUACCGGGGUUCUCUUCUGGCUCUUAACCGCGAUCCAUACCACACGCAAAACAGUUGGCUCUCAGAUACAGAAACCUUCACGAUCUACGCACCUUUUUGGAACAGAAAGGUGCUGUUCACUCUUCUAGAAGAAGUACAGUAUGCUUCAAUUAAUCGUCGCAAGAAUGAAAUCACAAUCUAUCGCGGUUUUGUUGAACGGAAUACAACCAUUUGGGUUUCAACUAUGUCGAACUCUCCUCGUCCAUUGUCAACUCUGGCAUUGCCUCCAAACAUCAAGGAUGGCAUGAUUGAAAACAUAAAGGAAUUCCUGAGUCCACAAAGCAAAGCUUGGUACAAAUUGCGUGGCAUUCCAUACCGCCGAGGUUAUCUUCUCUAUGGUCCUCCUGGAACCGGAAAGUCAAGUAUAUGCUCUGCAAUUGCCGGGCACCUGUGGCUUGAUAUCUACACGAUUAGCCUAAACUCUCGAAAGCUUAACGAUGAUAUGUUGAACAAGUUCUUCCAAAGUCUUCCGAAACGUUGCAUUGUGCUUUUUGAAGAUGUGGACAAUGCCGGAAUUGGUCAAGAGGUUUCACAAAUGAAGAACACUGGCAGAGUGGAGGAUUCGUCCCAAGAAAAUGAGCUCUAUAGCGCUGGUAUCUCUUUGUCGGCCUUUUUGAACUGUCUUGAUGGUGUUGGCGCACAGGAGGGCCGUAUUCUGAUCAUGACCACCAAUCAUCCAGAAAAACUUGAUCCGGCCCUUACUCGAUCCGGCCGGGUGGAUCAAAAAUACCACUUUGACUUCAUGGAUACCAUAUGCAUCAAGCAACUCUUCCAUCUAUUUUUUAGUGAGGAGUCUUCGUUUAUCUCCCCGAUUAGUGAAGAAAGAGAAUCAAACGAUCAGUCGACAAGGGAGAAGAGAAUAUCAGACCUCUCUGAUAAGUUUGUACGGAUUGUCUCCCCCAACAAGUUAACUGCAGCGGAGAUUAACAACUAUCUGAUGGGUUUCAAAGAAAACCCUGAGAAGGCGGUUUUGAAGGCCCUUGACUGGGUGAGACACAGAAAGGAGGCUGCUACGCCGCUACGAUUGUGA